UAAUAGAAAUGUGUACUCCUCGUUUUAUUCCCUAUGAACAGAGUGGGACGUGUCGUACAUGUAAAAGCACAGAAGUUGAAAUAGAUUUUAUUAUAGUCAAAGGAGUAGUAAACUAUUGCACGCAAUUUAAAGAAAGUCGUUUUGUACCAUUUGUUUCAUUUUUCGAUUUACCUGGAUAUUGUUUUUUCAAAGUAACAAACAAAGAACGGGUCUUAAAGUACCAUCCAAUGUACUACACAAAAUGA